AUGACCUUGGAAAACAAUCCUCUGUUUCAGGCACUAAAUGGUAAGCGGGGAAAAAAGGAUGAUAAGAAUCCACUAGAGUUAGCUCUGAGGGUUAAGAGAGUGAGUAAGGCUAGUAAGACCAAUAAUAUUGGUAGAGUGAGUAAGGCUAAUAAGACCAACAAGAUUGGUAGAGUUAGUAAGGUUAAGGUUAGCAAGGUUGCUAAGAAGGUUAAUCCCCUUGCAUUGGCCUUGGGAAUAGAGACUUCAAAGGGUAGGAAUAAGUUGCCACAAGAGGCAGAAAAGGACGUGAAACGGAUAAUUGGAAAAACCCGAAAUGGACUCGUCCAUCAAAAACAACAAAAGAAGCCAGUCAACUUCAUAGGAGCUUCUCAAACAAGCUUUCUUCGAUUGCGCAAUCUAUCACCAGGUGUUACGGAAUCAGAUAUAGUGGAGAUCAUGUCAAAGUAUGGAACAGUACUUAAGGUGAUGACUGUGGAGGGAUUUACUAGGGAGUUUGGUAAGUCCGUUACGGCUGAACUGUUUUUUAUGUCCGAAGAUAGCAUGUAUAGUGCUCAAAAGGCUUUAGAUGGGAGAAUGGCGGACAGUCACCGGUUGAGAGUGGAGAUUUCUCAUACUCCAAUUGUUGUGAUUGAUCCCGAGAUCUGGAAGAAGGUGGUCAAGGAGAUCAAGUUGAUAAGAGAAGAGAGAGAGACACUAAUAAAUGUAAUAUAA